AUGCGUUUCUCUGCCAUCCUCACCGCUGCACUCUUCACUCUCGUGGCUGCCGAGCCGGCUAUCGUCAACCUUCGGGGCGACGCCCUCACCUCACCCUUCCUUGACAGGAGGGCCGACACCGUCCUCACUUUGGACGGCCGUCUCAUCUCGCGCCAGGACUGCUGCGAGGACCCCCCUGGCUGUGGUUGCGCUUCAGCCACUUGCUGCCCCAACUUCCCUGGCUGCGCUUGUUAA